CAGAUUUGGAGUUCUAAACUGCAACCCAUCAUCCAAAGAGUUCUUUCUGUUCAUUUUUUUGGAUCAUGUGGGUAAAGAGAUUAUGUAAAAAGAUAUAUGCCUGUCAUGGGGUUGCUGUUUCUUCAUUUAUUACCUGAUGAGUGUUGUGCAGCUCUUGAAAUAGAAGAUAAUACUACUAAAGAGAAGAGAGGAGGCUGAAAGUGAAAGCAAUCAUAAAAAUCUUGAGCAAUGGUGACUGGAAAAUGGUAUAAGAAGAGGAGCUGUGUUUAAUGGGAGAAAUCAGGAAAGAAAAACAUUGGCAACUUUUCUGGCUAUGUGUGGUUGACUUGUUUUUAAAUAAGAGCAAGACCUUCCGGUUUCCGUCUAUGGAUCGUUUCUUGAAAGAUGCAAGAGCUUCCGGUUCCCUCAACCUCUCCAACCGUUCACUAAGUGAAGUGCCAAAUGAAGUAUACAAAAGCAUGGAUGCUAUUGGAGGCAGUGAGAAAUGGUGGGAGACCGUGGAGCUACAUAAGCUUAUUUUAGCGCAUAAUAACAUUGAAUCGUUGAGGGAAGAUCUCAGAAACUUGCCUUUAUUGUCUGUACUUAAUGUUAGACACAACAAGCUAUCCCUCCUGCCGGCUGCCAUAGGCGAGCUUCACAUGCUAAAAUCAUUAGAUGUUUCAUUUAACAUGAUAUUUUUAGCAUACCUGAAGAAAUUGGAUCGGCAACUGCUUUGGUCAAGUAGGCUCUUUACCUUGACUUUUUCUUCAUUUGUUAAGAGGUGUAGUUGGCAACUCCAUGUGUGCAUAUUUUUUUUCCUGAUUAUUUGAGGUUGGACACAUGAUACUCCAAUUGCUUUACCUGGAUAAGAUUAUAUUUUCAUUGUACAAUGAACAAUCAUAUGAUUCAUUUUCUUAAAAAUUUAAUGAUUUAUCCAUCUUUGUGUCAAUGCUGUUAGGAUAUUAGCUUCGAAUAAAAUAUGGAUAGUGAGUUCAGUAUGUACGUGUCACGAGAAAAAAUAUUAGUUAUGCAUCUAUAUAGACAGGUGCAUAUCAUUUCUUGUUUGCAUGAAUUUUAAUUUUGUGGUUUGUAGGUUUAAAUGCUCAAAUAAUCAACUAAAAGAUCUUCCAGGCUCCAUAGGACGUUGUUCAGAUUUGUCAGAGUUCAAAGUGGAGGCCGAAGAGAAGAUCAAGUAGAUGAAAAUCAUCCAUUCCAAUUUUUUAUUUCAUUUUUGUUGUUCAAAACUACUUUGUUUGUUUGAGAUUUUUGUGACUAUGAUAUGAUUUUAUUAAAUAAUUUUAUAAGAUAAUUUUGUUGGGAG